AUGCCAUUUGGACAUGUUUCUGUUAUAGUUGAUGUUUUAAAUGAUUCAAUUCGUGUUGCUGAACAAAAUUUUCAUGCAUAUUAUUGGUCGAGUAAUUAUUCUCGACAAAUUCCAUAUAUAAUGAAAAAUGGUAGUUAUUAUAUUAUGGAUAAUUAUAAUAUUUAUGGUUGGAUGUCAGUUGAAGAUAGUAAUCAAACUUAUCCAUUAAAUCAAUCAACUAUAGAUAAAAUCCUUCGAAAGAAUAUAUCAUUUCCUGAUUUUAUUUGUUCAAAAAAAUUAGAAAAUAUGUCACAAUUAGCGAAUAAACUUCUAGAAUUGUCAAUUCUAAUAAGUAAAUUUUAUUUAAUAUUGAUAUAUCUAAUUGGUCUAUUGGGUAAUAUAUGUAAUAUAAUUGUAUUUUGUCGAGAUUCGAUGAGAUUAAAUUCGUGUUCAUGGUAUUUCUUAACGAUAUCAAUAUUCAAUAUAAUUAUAUUGACAGUUGGUUGUCUUUUUCGAAUUAUAAAUUAUUUUCUUGGAUAUGAUAUAUCAAUAAUUGAAAUAGGUUUUUGUAAAUUUCGUGCUUAUAUAGUCAUUAUUGGUUAUAUUCUUUCACGUUAUUUUUUAUGUUUAAUAUCGAUUGAUCGAUGGAUGAUAACAUCAAAAAAUGUAUUUAUUCGUCGUCAAUGUACUCGAAAAAAAGCUCAAUUAGUUAUCAUAAUAAGUAUAAUAUUCUGGUUUUUAAUCGAAAUAUUUAUUCCAAUUGGAUUUAAUAUUCAAGGAAAUAAUUGUGUACCAUCAACAGAUCCAUUUUAUUUAUUCAUGUAUCGAAUUAUUGAUUUAUUAUGUACUUUAUUUCCUUUUUUUAUCUUAAUUAUAUUUAGUUUUUUAACAUUACAUAAUAUAUUAAAAAGAAGAAUUAUUCCAAUUGAUGGUCAUACUCUUGCCACUAUUUCUGUAUCUGGAAAUAAUAAUCGUCAUUAUCGAACAUAUACAAAUAAAGAUUAUCAUUUAAUUCGAUUAUGUUUUAGUCAAGUGAUUGUUUUUAUUAUAUUAAAUAUUCCAGGUGCAUUAUUUAGUUUAUAUAUGUUUAUAACACGAACAAAUAUAAAAACUAUCGAUCAUUUAACUAUUGAUUCAUUUCUUAAUAUAAUUGCAACCAAUCUUGCUUACACUCAUUGUGCAUUGACAUUUUAUUUAUAUACAUUAACAUCGAAAGAAUUUCGCAAACAAUGUUCCUUAACUUUUCGUUAUAUUCAACGACGAUUUAUUAUUCGAUUUCAAUAA